AUGUCCAUGGACCCGGUCGACGAGCCAUCCAGAUGGGUGUGUCGACUCACGAGUUUCUUCGCGGCCAAGGACGCAGGCACAGACGUCAAAUCAUCCGGGACUGGGUUCAUGGUGAAUAUCCCAGGCUCGGCCAACUUCAGUAUCCUGACAGCUGCUCACAAUCUCCUUGAUGCCACACUUGGUAGCCCUAAAAGGGUCGAAGUCGUGUUUACCAAUGGGCUGGAAUUCCCUGUCUUUCCUGGCGAGUGGCACAUCUCGCACGUUUAUUCAAAAGAUCCCACAACUUCGGCCACUCACUCGUCCUCGCAUUUCGACUAUGGACUAAUUGUGACCGACCGCCAGAAGCAUCUCGAUGCGAAUCCCGAUUUCGGGGAUCCCGGCGCCUGUGGGAUUGAUAUCCUAAUGCGCGAAAUCGACCUCCUCCACAAGGAGGUUGCUGUACAUGGGUAUCCCCUGGGUACGCAUACGCAGCGGAUGAACUUGUCCUCGCUGGAUACAUUAGACGACCUCUCCCUUCACUACGACAAGGAUACGAUGGGUGGGGUGAGUGGCGGGCCUAUCUUCAUCUCAAAGGAUGGUCCCCAUACGGCGAUUGGGAUUCACAACUAUUACCGCCGAGCCACGCGUAUCACCCCGCGUGUCAUGCUCGAGAUACUUAGCUGGAUAGGUGACUAUCCUUUACACAGAACAUUCCGAGUUGACGGUCGAAAGGGUCUAGAGAUAUACCUCCAAGCAACCACCGGUUCUCGACCCAAUAUCAUUGCACGGCCGGGACUGUCAUUCUUCAAGGUAGUCCUCGCUUCGGCACCCAAGCCGGAAUCCGACCAGCAUUGCCACUACCUUAUCCUCCCACCACAGAGUUCGCCCCGACAAUUGAAGCCACUGCUGUUCCUAACUCUCCGCGCGGAUGAAACGCCACCCCGCCUCGUUUUCCAAGAACAGCCCCUAGACGCCCCGUCGCAGAUUCGGAUUGAUCUUCUUCCCAAUGGGCCGAAGAGUCAGUGGACCGCGCCCUCCUGGCCGGAUGCAAGCCGGUUGUUUUUGAAGGUCAAUCCCAAACGGCGGAAGGUAUACUGCAAGUAUGGCUGCAUUACCCCGGACGAUGAGGUCGUACCCCACGCAAGGCCCACGAAUUUGUGCAUGAAUCCAUAUCGUCCACCAAGUCAAAACGAUCCGAGUGUCAGCGAAAUUCCGGACCUGGAAGGACUGCCGCCGCUAUACCGUGCUGUGAGACGUCGGGACGGGGUGGAGGUAACCAAGCUGUUAGGGGAGGGCGCAGAUGCUAGAUUCAUUUGCGAAUGCGGCACGUCCGUCCUCUCCAAGGCUGCGGAGAAUGGCGACGUGAAUAUUUUGAAUGCUCUCGAAUCUUAUGGAGCGGCAAUCGACACUAUGAACCAUGACGGGGAGUCCCCUGAGAUGCUCGCGCAGCGAAACGGACAUGUGGGAGUCCUCGAUCGACUGGAGUUCCUCCGGUGCGAACAACUCGAAAAGCUUCUUAUGGCCGCUAGAAAGGGUGACCGCGACGAAAUAGGGGCCCUCAUAGAACGUGGGGUGCCACCAGAUAGGCGAAAUAUCUCGUCAGUCCAUGGGAGCCUGUUUCAGGGCUGGUCAGCUCUGGAGCUGGCUGCACGAUACGGUCACUAUGACUCUGUUCGCUUCCUUCUUCAAAAUGCAAAGGUGUCUGCGACGGAGGUCAAUUCAGCGGGAGUAACAGCGUUGCAUUAUGCUGCGCAAAACGGGCAUGAGUCGGUGGUUGAAUGUCUCUUGGAAUUUGGAGCAGAUGGAAAUGCUGCGGACGAAAACGACAUGACUCCGUUGCAUCAUGCAGCCGCUGAAGGGCACGUGGGUGUUAUUACACUACUCUGCUCCUGGAGUGGUAUUGAUAUUAAUGUACCCGGCCCAAAUAGAGCGACCCCCCUGAUGUUGGCAGCGGAGAAUGACAACAAGGAGGCGGUGCAACGAUUACUUGAGCAGUCUGCGGAUGCAACUCCCGUUGAUGGUGAUGGGCAAACAGCGUGGGACAUUGCAGAUAGUAUGGGAUGUAUCCAGAUCUGUGAUAUGUUGCCUUUUGGAUAG